UCCAUAAGGUGGCACUGUUUAACCAGUGACCAACUUAUCCUACACGAGAUGUAUGACCUGCAGAAGAAGCAUCUUAACACAAGGGCAAGAAGAGAUGGCACCGAGACCAAGGGAACCAUUUGCUCGGAAAGUCUUCAAGGGAGUUUUGUUCCUUGAACUGGCUGCUGUAUUUGGAGUGUACGGUUUAUUUCAUGCUAUGAACUCAAGUCGAGAUUUUAGGAGUAAAAUGGACAGAAGACUUCCAUCCGUUCUGGAGGCAUACUACAAGUCCAACGAGUGGGCAGGAGUCUAUGGGAUUCGGGAAACAGACAGAGAGGCCUGGUCCGCCAAGAAGGAAUAGACACCAAAGAUGGUUGGUUGGAGAACAAAAUAAAAAACCUGUGGAGUCUCCUAAUGUUUUAGGUGGGCAUGAUUUGUGCCGCGGUUAUUUUUUUCCACCCAUCUUCUUUUUCCCACCCAUCCUCUUGCCCAUCCAGGGUUUGCCAAAUGCCUUCUUCUUAUUGAACGUGGCCUUCUUCUUGCGAAGGGUUUUCACAUCUCGGUCAUUCAUCCAGUCAUCUCGCUUGGCCUCCCAUUUGAGCUGUUUGACGCCUAGAGCACAAAGGAAGGGAGAACAUGAAGUGCAGUUCUAAGAAACAGCUCGUCAAGGUACUAAUUAAGUACCAUGAAACAACCUUCACUUCUUGAGUUGCCUCAGGAGAGACUACUAGUGGUGAACAGUGGGAACUGGAGGGGAAUGAACAUCAAACUGCCACUGACCAUGGCAGUUAUUCGUGGCUAGAAUCUAGCCAGAUUAAUAAAUGAAUUCACUUUC